AUGGCUGGGGAGGUGAGAGUUAGCGGGGAAGUCAGAGAUCUUACUAGAGUAGAGCGCAUUGGAGCACACUCGCACAUCCGAGGCCUGGGACUUGACGAUGCUUUGGAGGCAAGGAAGGUGUCCCAGGGCAUGGUGGGCCAAGUCCAAGCCCGAAGGGCAGCGGGGGUGAUCUUGCAGAUGAUCAGGGAGGGCAGGAUAGCUGGCAGGGGGGUGCUGCUGGCAGGGCAGCCUGGAACAGGAAAGACCGCCAUUGCGAUGGGUAUGGCAAAGGCUUUGGGGGAGGAGACACCCUUCGCCAUGAUGGCUGCAUCUGAGAUCUUCUCCCUGGAGAUGUCAAAGACAGAGGCGCUCACCCAGGCUUUCAGAAAAGCCAUCGGUGUGCGGAUAAAAGAGGAGACGGAGAUCAUCGAGGGGGAGGUGGUGGAAAUUGAGAUCGAUCGGCCUGCAACUGGGAGCGUCUCAAAAACGGGGAAGCUCACAAUGAAGACGACAGAGAUGGAGACCAUCUACGACCUGGGCUCAAAGAUGAUCGAGGCACUGACCAAGCAAAAGGUGCAGUCGGGCGAUGUCAUCGCCAUUGACAAAGCCUCCGGCAAGAUCACCAGGCUGGGCCGCUCCUUUGCGCGCUCCAGGGACUAUGAUGCUAUGGGCCCGACGACAAAGUUUGUGCAGUGCCCAGAGGGGGAGCUGCAGAAGCGGAAGGAGGUGGUGCAUGUGGUCACACUGCACGAGAUUGACGUCAUCAACUCGCGCACACAGGGGUUCCUGGCACUGUUUGCGGGGGACACCGGGGAGAUACGGUCCGAGGUACGCGAGCAGAUCGACUCCAAGAUCGCAGAGUGGCGGGAGGAAGGCAAGGCUGACAUCAUCCCCGGCGUCCUCUUCAUAGAUGAGGUGCACAUGCUGGACGUGGAAUGCUUCAGUUUCCUGAACCGGGCGCUGGAGAAUGAUCUGGCGCCCAUCCUGGUGGUGGCCACAAACCGUGGUAUCACCAAGAUCCGCGGCACAAAUUACCGGUCACCCCAUGGGAUCCCCAUUGACUUGCUGGAUCGGCUGCUCAUCAUUUCCACGCAGCCUUACACAGAGAAGGAGCUGCACACCAUCCUUGAGAUCCGUGCCGAGGAAGAAGAUGUGGAAAUGACAGAGGAUGCGAAGGAUCUGCUGACCAAGAUUGGCGCGGAGACUUCCCUGCGCUAUGCCAUCUACCUCAUCACAGCUGCCUCCCUCGUUGCCACCAAGCGCAAAGCAGCGGCUGUAGAGGUGGAGGACAUUGGCCGAGCAUAUACACUGUUUGUGGAUGUCAAGCGAAGCGCGCAGUUCAUGAUGGAGUACCAGGAGCAGUUCAUGUUCAAUGAGGUCCCCGAGAUGGAGCCUGCAGAGGCUGACGGGGCUGCCAUGGAGCAAUGA